AUGGAACCACCUUCUCAGGUAUGUCGUCCGGCUUCGAUUGCCUUCAGUAUCUUGGUGUUGACAUACAUUACACUAGGGGUCAGCUAUGUUACGACCGACAAGAGUGACAUUGGCGACAUCAACAUCAUCACAAAAUGGCCUGGAGACACCCUCAUAUCUUGGAAGACCCCAACCAGAAUCGCUUACAAGAAAGAAAACUUAAGUCUCCAAAGUAACAAGUGGGGAUUCGAGGUCAACUCCAAGCUAAUCUCGUAUUCGUGGACCAAACUUUUGCUCGACAAGAAAGCAGUCGUUACACAAUAUGAUGACCCUACCCUGUUUUCGGACAUGUCGGCAUGCAUGAUGCGAUUACCCUAUUUCCGUGACGCACCGGGACUGUGCGAGGAUUUUCUUCGCGAGGUCUUCGAAUACGUUUCUGCAAAAUUGCGCAGAGAGAUGACUGACUUCACCUUCAACAAUACCCCUAUGGAGUGCUGGGUAACUCUACCAGCCAUAUGGUCAGACGAAGCGAAAGAUGCAACACUGCAAGCUGCAAAGAGAGCUGGGUUUGGCAACCGGCCUGGGGAUGAGGUCUUCACAAUUUCAGAGCCUGAAGCCGCAGCCAUCGCAACAUUGAAGAGGUACGCGGCAUCUGGACCUGAUGUCCUAAAUCCCGUCAAGCCUAACGAGAACAUAUUGAUCCUUGACUGUGGCGGAGGGACGGUUGACAUUACAACUUACAAGAUCACCCAAGUUGAGCCACGAUUAGAUUUUGAGGAACUCUGCGUUGGCAUUGGUGGCAAGUACGGCUCAACUUAUAUUGACCGAAGGCUGCAUGUUCUGCUCUCCCAGCGGUUUGGAGAUGCUUUCAAAAAUGUCUCGUGGGCGCAAAAAGGCCCUGGCAGCAAAUUUAUGGCAUGCUUUGAGGGAAUUAAACGAGAUUUCGGACUCAAGGACAACCACGAAGAACGAGAGCUGGGUCCUAUCAAUCUCAGCAUCCCGGACUCCGAGUUCUAUGACGAGGAAGAGCGGCUCAUCAAACUCUCAUAUGAUGACAUGCAAGACUUGUUCGACCCAGUCAUUCAGGAUGUUCUUCAAUUAGUUGGGCAGCAAGUGAAAGACGCAAAAGAGAAUAACGGGGCUAAAAUUGACCGUAUUAUCCUCGUUGGGGGUUUUGGCGAAUCACCAUACCUUUUCAAGGAGCUUGAGAAAUGGUGUCGACGAAAUGGAGGGAUUACUUUGAUGUGUCCAGACCACCCUCAAUCUGCUGUGGUAAGAGGUGCUGCCCUCCGCGGUCUGGAAGGAAUUGCCCCUCGCAUGAAGCGCGCCCGCAGACACUAUGGGUUUGGUUUGUGUAUUCCAUUUCGGGAGGGUAUUGAUCCUGAGGAGCGAGCUUCGAUCGAUGACUUCGAUGACGGCGAAAAGAUAUUCAGUGACACUUUUAGAACACAAGACGUUCGCAGUGUUAUUACACCUGGCCAGGCCGCCACUUCAAACAUCAUCAUGUAUUCCUGUGGGUUGAAUGACCCUCCGGAGUACUAUUCGAAUCCCAGAGUUGAAGAAGUCGGCGGCAUCACAUCCAAAUUCGAGAAAGACUUUGACUUUGGUCCUAGCUUGAGGACGACAUACAAUGCGAGGUUGGGAAGAAAUGUGGAACAAUUUUCACAUCAACUUCAAGUCAGGUUUGGUGACAAGGGGGCGAAUCUUCAAUUCAGGAAUCUGCUUAACGGAAAAGUCGUGGAUGAAGCGGUCAUCGAGUUUGGUCGGCGUUGA